UCAAAGAAAAAAAAAAUGAAACAGAGGAGUUUGUUUACAAUCCUCUGUUUUGUCCUCUGUGUUGUUUCAGUCUCAGCACAACAACAAUGCAUAAACAAUGGUAAUUUCACACCAAACAGUACUUACGACGUGAAUCUCCGAUUAAUACUCUCUUAUCUUCCUUCCAAUGUCACGGCUGGAGAGGGAUUCUUCUAUUCAGGUUCCAUCGGGACAGAACAAAACCGUGUCUUCGCAAGAGGGAUGUGCCUCCCAGGAUCAACUUCAGAUGACUGUUCUGUUUGUAUCAAGACCGCUUCUGAUGGUUUGCUACGGAGUUGUCUUAACCAAAAAGGCGCGUUUACAUGGCCAGGUGAGCCCAUACUUUGCCAUGUGCGCUACUCCAGUACUUUUUUCGACGAUAUAUCCACAGAGCUAUACCCGCGUAAGAUUAUACACAACACUGGAGAUAUCAACUCAAAUGCUCUAACAGAGUUCACACCAAUAUGGGAAGGCUUAAUGGCUCGUAUGAUUGUUACAACCUCGGUAACAAAAAGCAAACCAUCCUCUAGUAAUAGCUAUUACACAGCUGAUGUUGCAGCCUUGACACCUUCCCAGAAUAUUUACGCAUUAAUGCAAUGCACGCCAGAUCUUACACCUCACUCUCGUGAUUGUGAGAGUUGCCUGCGACAAAACGUAGGUGACUGUGGUCAGAAGCAAGUUUGCAUUGUUAUACGGGCAAGCUGCUUUUUCCGUUGGGAUUUGAAAAAAUUCUCUAAGGCUUUUGAUAAUAUUACGUUGGCUGCUUCUCCUCCUUCACUGCAACCUGCCAAAAAAGCCAAAGCUAAAGCUAUUGUGGUAAUUCUUGUUCCCAUUGUUGUGGUAGUCAUCAUCAUCGUCAUCUUUGUACUGCUUGCUCGGCGAUAUGCUGUACUUUGCUGGAGGAGAAAAAAAUUUCAAGAAUUUGAUUUUGAACAAUCUGGUAUUACAACUGUAGACUCCCUGCAAUUUGAUUUUAAGACUAUUAAAGUUGCAACCAAAAACUUUAGUGACAGGCUUGGUCAAGGAGGAUUCGGCGCAGUUUUCAAGGGUACGUUACCUAAUGGAAUUGAAAUUGCAGUGAAGAGGCUAUCCAAAGCGUCAGCACAGGGCGAAGAAGAGUUCAAGAACGAGGUUCUUGUUGUUGCAAAACUACAACAUAGAAAUCUUGUUAGGCUUUUUGGAUUUUGUCUUGAAGGAGAAGAAAAGAUACUUGUUUACGAGUUUGUACCCAACAAGAGCCUUGAUUACUUCCUCUUUGACCCUACAAAACAUGAGAUACUAGACUGGAGUAGAAGGUACAACAUUAUCGAGGGAAUUGCUCGAGGGAUUCUAUAUCUUCAUCAAGAUUCACGGCUCACAAUCAUACAUCGUGAUCUUAAAGCCAGCAACAUUCUCCUAGACGCAGAUAUGAACCCGAAAAUUGCUGAUUUUGGAAUGGCGAGAAUUUUUGGGAUGGACCAAAGUGGGGCUAAUACAAACAAAAUAGUUGGGACACGUGGUUACAUGCCCCCAGAAUAUGUAAUGCAAGGCCUAUUCUCAAUGAAAUCCGAUGUAUAUAGUUUCGGAGUCUUAGUUCUUGAGAUUAUAUGUGGUCAAAAUAACAGAUUCUUCCAGCAGUCAGACAAUACAACUGAGAAUUUUGUCACAUACGCGUGGAGGUUGUGGAAAAGCGAGUCGCUGUUGGAGCUCGUAGAUUCAAGCAUUUCAGAGAAUUGUGAGAAGGAAGAAGUGAAAAGAUGCAUCCACAUCGCACUCCUAUGCGUUCAAAAAGAUCCGAAAGAUCGUCCCACCUUGUCGACAAUCCUGUUGAUGCUUACAAGCAACACCAUCGAUUUACCCGAUCCUCAACCACCUGGGUUCUUCUUUUCGAAUAGACGCAACCAAUUACAAGAGGGCCUGGAGUCUAGCCAAUGUUACUCUAGUGAAACAACAUUUGAAAGAGUUUGACAUAAACCAUGCGUCAGGGACAUUAGUUACAGUGAAACGGUAAUGUUUUUAUGAGUGCUCUUAGUUCUUUUGUAGUCACGUAUCAGCUCCAUCAUUCAAGUUUGUAUGAGUUGUGAUAUAUAAGCUCAUCAAACGGUAAUGCAUUACACACUAAUUAUCAGCUCCAUCAUUAGUUCCAUUA